UCAGUGCUUCACAAGACGACAAGCAACCAUUAGAAAUGGCGGACGCCGCAGCACGUUCGCUCCAGUACGAGUAUAAAGCCAAUUCAAAUUUGGUUUUGCAAGCUGACGUUCGUUUAAUUGAUCGCCGAGCCCGAGAUGAAGCCACCGGUGAGGUUAUGUCCCUUACUGGGAAGUUGGAUGGAACUCGCAUGGGUGAUAAAGCCCAACGCAUGAAACCGGCAAAACGUCAGAAGCGUGAUCCCAACAAAACUGAUAUUGGUGGAAAAUCUGGUGGCAAAGGACCCCUGCAAAGCGAUAAUCUAGAUGAAAUUUCUGGCAUUAUCUACAGACCAAAAACUCAAGACACUAAACAGACCUAUGAAGUGCUUCUCAGUUUUAUCCAGGAAGCUCUUAGCGACCAGCCCAGAGAUGUGUUGUGUGGUGCCGCAGAUGAAGUCCUCACAGUUCUCAAAAAUGACAAACUUAAGGAUAAGGAGAAGAAAAAGGAAACUGAAGCUAUGCUUGGCUCCCUACCUGAAGAAAGGUUUGCCCUACUUGUCAACCUCGGUAAGAAGAUCACAGAUUGGGGGCAAGAUGAGAAAACAGGUACAGGAGAGGAGCAGAUGGACGACCAAUAUGGCAUCAAUGUGCAGUUUGAAGACACAGAUGAAGAAAAUGAAGAAGAAAAUGUUUACGGGGAAAUAGGAGAUGAAGAAGAUGGUGAAGAUGAAGCUGACGAAGCUGAAACAGACCAUGCCAUCCAUGCAGAUGCUGCUGCUACUGGUGUCGAUUUGGGAGGAAAAAAGGAGAAGAAGCUCCAUCCUCUUGACAUUGAUGCCUACUGGCUUCAAAGGAAAUUGUCAAAGUUUUACAGUGACCCUAUGGUGUCUCAAGCCAGAGCUGGAGAGGUGUUGAACAUCCUAAAGAACAUUCAGGAUGAACGAGAGUGUGAAAAUCAGUUGGUAGUUUUACUAGGAUUUGACUGCUUUGAUUUUAUCAAACUGCUCAAGCAAAACAGACACAUGAUUCUGUAUUGCUCCUUAUUGGCGUCAGCACAAAGCGAGGCAGAACGCAGAAGCAUUCAAGAUGAGAUGAAGAGCAAUCCCCAUCUGAACAAGAUUCUCCGUCAAUUAGAUACCGUGAGAGACGAUACCGGGGUCGAACCCAUGGAAGUUGACGCAAAAAAGAGUUCUUCGCGCCAAGGAAAUUACGCUGUUAAAGAAACCGGGGGUAGCGGCAGCGGAGGGCAGGAAGGUUAUAGUGGCAUUCCAGGUCUACGCGAACUUCUAGAUUUGGAAGAUCUUGCGUUUGCCCAGGGUUCGCACUUUAUGGCCAAUAAAAAAUGCACUUUGCCGGAAGGUUCCUUCCGAAAACAACGCAAAGGCUACGAGGAAGUUCACGUACCGCCUCUAAAACCCAGGCCUUUCGAUGCUGAUGAAAUGCUUAUUCCGAUUGACAAACUCCCAACCUACGCUCAGCCCGCUUUUGAGGGAUUCAAAACGCUGAACAGAAUUCAGUCUAAAAUCUACAAAACAGCCCUAGAAUCCGACGAGAACAUGUUGAUUUGCGCUCCAACAGGUGCUGGCAAAACCAAUGUUGCUCUGCUGACGAUGAUGAGAGAGCUAGGUAAAUACAUUAAUCCGGACGGAACCAUCCGUGUCGACGAAUUCAAGAUUAUCUACAUCGCGCCAAUGCGUUCGCUCGUGCAAGAAAUGGUAGGCAGUUUUGGUAAAAGACUUGCACCCUUCAACUUAAAAGUUGGAGAAUUGACGGGCGAUCAUCAACUCAGCCGCGAGGAAAUUGCCCAAACUCAAGUGAUUGUCUGCACCCCAGAAAAGUGGGACAUUAUCACGCGUAAAUCGGGAGAUCGAACCUACACGCAACUCGUCAAAUUGAUGAUUUUCGACGAGAUUCACCUGUUGCACGACGAUCGUGGCCCCGUUCUGGAGGCUUUGGUAGCUCGUACCAUUCGCACCGUUGAAUCCACUCAGGAAGAUUUGCGAUUGGUUGGCCUUUCAGCCACACUUCCCAAUUACGAAGAUGUAGCUACGUUUUUGCGUGUCCGACCCAAGACGGGCCUUUUCUUCUUCGAUAACAGCUAUCGCCCUGUGCCUUUGGAACAACAAUAUGUGGGCAUCACCGAGAAGAAGGCCGUCAAGAGGUACCAGAUCAUGAAUGAAAUCGUUUACGAAAAGGUGAUGGAACAUGCCGGCAAGAAUCAGAUUCUCGUCUUUGUUCACUCGAGAAAAGAAACGGGAAAAACAGCCCGUUCGAUUCGGGAUCUUUGUCUAGAGAAAGACUCUCUAGGUGCCUUCUUGCGGGAGGGUUCCGCUUCAACCGAAGUUUUGCGCAACGAGGCCGAACAAGUAAAAAAUCAGGAGCUGAAAGAUCUUCUCCCCUACGGUUUUGCUAUCCAUCAUGCCGGUAUGAGCCGUGUCGACCGCGCAUUGGUAGAAGAUUUGUUUGCUGAUCGUCACAUUCAAUUGCUCGUUUCAACAGCUACUCUAGCUUGGGGUGUCAACUUGCCAGCCCACACCGUCAUUAUUAAAGGCACACAAGUUUACAAUCCCGAAAAAGGUCGGUGGUGCGAAUUGGGUUCACUGGACGUCCUGCAAAUGUUGGGUCGGGCUGGGCGACCGCAGUAUGAUACUAAAGGUGAAGGCAUCCUGAUCACCAACCACAGCGAGUUGCAAUACUACCUGUCACUUCAGAACCAGCAGUUACCUGUUGAGUCGCAAAUGGUUAGCAAGUUGCCUGACAUGUUGAAUGCUGAAAUCGUUGCUGGUACAGUACAAAAUGUCAAAGAUGCCGUCCAUUGGUUGAGUUACACGUAUCUGUACAUUCGGAUGCUCCGUUCACCACAACUUUAUGGUAUAUCGGUUGACAAGCUAAAAGAAGAUCCAAUGCUAGAACAGCACAGAGCUGAUUUAAUCCAUACGGCUGCCGUUUCGCUGGAAAAGAGCCAGCUCUUGAAGUACGAUCGCAAAUCGGGCCAAUUACAAGGUACCGAGUUGGGUAGAAUUGCCAGUCAUUAUUAUUGCACCAAUGUAAGCAUGGCUACCUACAACCAGUUGUUGAAACCAACCCUGAGUGAAAUUGAACUCUUCCGUGUCUUUUCACUAUCGUCCGAGUUCCGCAACAUCACUGUACGUGACGAAGAAAAACUGGAACUGCAGAAACUGAUGGAACGCGUACCCAUUCCCAUCAAAGAAAGCAUUGAGGAACCAAGCGCAAAAGUCAACGUCCUCUUGCAAGCUUACAUUUCACAACUCAAGUUGGAGGGAUUCGCUUUAAUGGCCGAUAUGGUUUACGUCACCCAGUCUGCUGGUCGACUCAUUCGCGCCAUCUUUGAGAUGGUUCUUAGCCGAGGCUGGGCUCAGUUAGCCGAUAAAGCUCUUUCGCUCAGCAAGAUGAUAAACCGCCGCAUGUGGCAAUCGAUGUCACCCUUACGACAGUUUAAGAAAAUGCCAGAAGAAAUCAUUCGCAAACUGGAGAAAAAAAGCUUGCCAUGGGAAAGGCUGUACGACUUGGGCCCUACCGAAAUGGGAGAACUUAUCCGAGCACCUAAAUUGGGCAAGACUAUCCAUAAGUAUGUCCACCAGUUUCCCAAGCUGGAGCUGUCGACUCAUAUCCAACCCAUUACUCGGUCAACGCUCAAAGUGGAACUGACCAUUACACCGGAUUUCCAAUGGGACGAUAAAAUUCAUGGUAAAGCAGAAGCUUUCUGGAUUUUUGUUGAGGAUGUAGAUUCUGAGGUAAUUCUCCAUCACGAGUACUUCCUGUUGAAAUCAAUCUACGCCCAAGAUGAGCAUUUGGUCAAAUUCUUCGUACCAGUUUUUGAACCUUUGCCUCCUCACUACUUCAUUCGUGUGGUUUCGGACCAUUGGAUAUCUUCAGAAACGCAAUUACCCGUCUCGUUCCGUCAUUUGAUUUUGCCUGAUAAAUAUCCGCCACCGACGGAGCUAUUGGAUUUGCAGCCUUUGCCUGUCACCGCUCUUCGUAAUCGAUCGUACGAGGCUCUCUACGCUGAAUCCUUCCAACAAUUUAACCCGAUCCAAACGCAAGUGUUUAAUGCAUUAUAUAACACAGAUGACAAUGUGUUUAUCGGUGCUCCUACCGGGGCAGGCAAAACGAUUUGCGCCGAGUUCGCCAUUUUACGUCUUUUCAGCCAGAAAGAACAAGAAGCCGCAGCCGAAGGAGUACCUGAAGUUGAAGCACGUUGUGUUUAUGUCUCUCCCAGUCAAGAACUUGCAGAUAAUCUGUUCAUCGACUGGCAAGAUAAAUUUGCUUCACGGCUAGGCAAAAAAGUGGCCAUGCUAACAGGAGAAACGGGAACUGACCUGAAACUUUUGGCCAAGGCCAACAUUUUGAUCUCAAUUCCAGAACACUGGGAUGUCUUGUCACGUCGUUGGAAGCAAAGGAAGAAUGUUCAAAAUGUCCAUCUGUUUAUCGUCGAUGAAUUACAACUCUUGGGUGGUGAAGAUGGACCUACGCUUGAAGUAGUCUGCUCAAGAAUGCGCUAUAUCGGUGCCCAACUUCAGAAGCCCAUCCGGUUAGUGGCACUGAGCCACUCCUUGGCUAAUGCCAAGGACGUAUCGCAGUGGUUGGGUUGCCCAGCAAACGGCAGCUUCAAUUUCCAUCCGAACGUUAGACCAGUUCCGUUGGAGGUUCAUAUCCAGGGAUUCAAUAUCACCCACAACGCUUCACGCCUCAUUGCCAUGUCAAAACCGUUGCAUAAUGCCAUUUGCAAACAUUCUCCGAAAAAACCGGUGCUUGUCUUCGUUCCAUCACGAAAACAGUCACGUGUAACAGCCUUCGAUCUCCUGACAUACGCCGCAGCCGAAAAUGAUGCUGAACGAUAUCUUCAUGCCGAGCUGGAGGACAUCAAACCUUUUAUCCAGCGACUAAGUGACAAAACGCUUCACGAGACACUUAAGCAAGGUGUUGGUUACCUGCAUGAAGGUUUAACAGUCCAAGAUAGAAGGAUCGUGGAACAGUUGUUUGAACUGGGAGCCAUUCAGAUCAUUGUCGUUUCACGUACCCUCUGCUGGGCAGUAUCUGUCCAUGCCCAUCUCGUCAUCAUUAUGGAUACGCAGAGCUACAACGGUCAGCAGCAUAUGUACGACGAUUAUCCCAUCACCGACUUGAUUCAAAUGGCAGGCAGAGCUAAUAGACCACGCGAAGACGACGACGCCAAGUGCGUACUUUUGUGCCAAUCUUCGAAAAAAGAUUUCUACAAAAAGUUCUUGUAUGAGCCAUUGCCGAUCGAAAGCCAUCUCGAUCACUGCCUUCACGAUCAUUUCAAUGCUGAAAUCGUAACAAAGACGAUCGAAAACAAGCAGGACGCGGUCGACAACUUGACCUGGACUUUCUUGUACCGACGUAUGACGCAAAAUCCCAAUUAUUACAAUCUCCAGGGAGUGAGUCACAGACAUUUGUCUGACCACUUGUCUGAGCUAGUAGAGAGCACGCUGAAUGAUUUGGAGCAAUCCAAGUGUAUCACCAUCGAGGAAGAAAUCGAUGUCAGCCCGCUCAAUUUAGGCAUGAUCGCCGCAUACUAUUGUAUCCAUUACACAACAAUUGAGUUGUUCAGCUUGUCGCUCAAUGCCAAGACCAAGAUCCGCGGCUUGUUGGAAAUCAUUUCGGCAGCGGCUGAGUACAAGAGCGUGCCAGUACGUCAUGGCGAAGAGGCUGUUUUACGUCAGCUAGCCACCAGACUUCCGAAUAAGCCUCAGGCCAAUGCCAAAUAUAGUGAUCCUCAUGUUAAAACCUUCCUCUUGCUACAAGCUCAUUUGUCACGUGUUCAAUUGCCUGCCGAAUUGCAGCAGGACACGGAGCUCAUUCUAGGCAAAGCAAUUAGAUUGAUCCAAGCCUCUGUGGACGUCCUCAGCUCGAAUGGGUGGCUUUCACCAGCUGUUGCUGCUAUGGAAUUAUCGCAGAUGGUGACGCAAGCAAUGUGGUCCAAAGAUUCCUACCUGAAGCAGCUACCUCAUUUCACUACCGAAAUCGUCAAACGGUGCACUGAUAAGGGACUCGAGACCAUCUUCGACGUCAUGGAAAUGGAAGAUGAAGAGCGCAACUCCUUGCUGGGGCUGAGUGAAGCACAAAUGGCGGAUGUUGCCCGGUUCUGUAACCGCUAUCCCAACAUCGAAUUAGGAUUUGACGUGGUAGAUCGUGACCGAGUCGUAUGUGGUCAGUCGGUGGUUGUGGCCGUUAAUCUGGAGCGUGAAGAUGAAGUAGUCGGACCCGUCAUUGCUCCCUUCUUCCCCCAGAAACGCGAAGAGGGCUGGUGGGUAGUGAUUGGCGAUCCUAAAACGAAUGCACUCGUUUCCAUCAAGCGUCAAACAUUGCAGCAAAAAGCAAAGGUGAAGCUGGACUUCACAGCUCCAACAACGCCUGGCCAGCACUCGUACACCAUUUAUUUCAUGAGCGAUUCCUACACGGGAUGUGAUCAAGAGUACAAGUUUACCAUCGACGUGAAGGAACCAUCAAAUUCUGAAGAUUCUGAUUCUGGUUCCAACUAAACAUGAAGUCCAAAACUUUUCUAUCUUUUUUUUGUUCUUUUUUUUGUGCUGGUUUUAUAACCGGUUUUGUUUUUAAAAGAUUGUGAGAAAUGUCACGCCACCAAGCGUAUUACUCGCUAUGAAUAAAAUGCGUCAAAUCAUUUCA